AUGGAGAGAGCUAAGUUGCCUUUCAAGAAGCGUUUUUCAAGGAAUGGGCAAAACAGAUCUUCUAUGGAGUUCAUGGUUGAUGAUUACAUGAAGGAAAAAAGAACAAGAGGAAGAUUUGGUAAUUUCCCAAAGGUUCCACAGUGCCUUGAAUGCAAAGGUUUUGGGCAUGUACAAGCUGAAUGUACAAAUCUGCAGAAGCGUAAGAAGAAGAUAGUCACCAAGAGUGAUUCUAAUGAUGGUAAGGAGUUGAAGAACUUGGUGGCGUUCACAACUUUUGUUCCUGGUUCUAAGACAAAAUCUGCAACGGGAUCUGCGUCAGCGUCUGCAUCAGGGUCUUCAUGUGGAGGUGAUGAUGAUGCUGUAACUGAUGAUGAUGAUGGAGAGUUUGAUCUUGCUGGGAAUUAUGAAAGGCUGUAUGAGAAUUGGCUCAAGCAGGUUGAGACGAAUUCAGAGCUGGCUAAGGAGAAGGUCAAGCUAGAAGCUCAAGUUGCUGAAGCACUUAAGUAUGCCUCAGAGAAAGAAGAAGAAGCACGACAGGCUGGUGCUCAACUUGCAGAGACUCAAAAGGGUUUGAAGAUGCUGAAUGGUGGGACGAAGCAGCUAGAUCAUCUCCUCAGUAUUGGAAAGAGUGAUCGAUGUGGCCUUGGAUACCAAGGAGAAUGUUCUACAGCUGAAGGUGUUUUUAUAUCAGCAGGGAAAACUGGGGAUUUAGCUACGUCUGCUACAGAGCCAGAGGUUAAGGUGUCUGCAGAGAAGACAUCCAAUGGAAAGACUGCAGUAAAGACUGCAACUGAUGUGAAAAACGCGACUGCUACGCGUACUGCUACGGCAACUGAUACGGUGACUGUUCCAGAGAGAGUUUCUGGAUUGAAGAGUACAUCUCCACGAAAGUGGCAGCCUGUUUGUCAUCACUGUGGUGUGGUUGGCACAUUAGGCCAAGUCAUGGUCCUAUAUGUUAUUCUUGUGGAGUUCAAGGGCAUAUUCGACGUGAGUGUUUCAAGCCAGUUCAAGGAGCUAAUCAUGGAGGAUUUGGGCUCAGGAAUACGUGGUCUAGGAGAUUUGAUCACUAUUUAG